GGGACAUCAGGGAAGCCGUGCUCAGUCAGAAAGUCAGGAGUACAAGCCACCUCUGUCUUACCCACUUCUUGUCCCGCUGCUUGCGGCCGUAUCUUUGACUGUGACACUGGUCAGGAUAAAGGGUCAUGUCUGUGUUGCGAUUCUACAGGACAGAUGAGACUGAAGGUGGUCGUGCCCUGCAGAGGGCCACGGCGCUGUACCCUGGGGUUUCCAUAGUAACGGAGCUCUGUUACAAUGUGGAGCUGAGUGAUCCUGGCUCUUUCAAUGAAAAGCAGAAGGAUGUUUUGCGCUGGUUGUUCAGCCCUCCUCAGUUUGAUGGUCUUUGUGAAGAGCCUACUCUUAAAGCUGCACAGGGUGAGAAGAUGGUGGAGAUUGGCCCCAGGUUGAACUUCUCCACUGCAUGGUCCACUAAUGCCGUGUCCAUCUGCCAGAGUGCAGGACUCCAGCAGGUCUCCAGAGUUGAGCUGUCCCGCAGGCAUCUCAUCAAGCCCAGAGAUGGACAGAAUGGGACACUGGGGGAUGAAGAAAUGGAAAAUUUGAUUAGCUGUUUGUAUGACAGCAUGACAGAAUGCGUUUACCAACAACCAAUCACCUCGUUUGUCGUGGACGUUAAACCACAGGAAGUUUUUGAGGUUGACAUUCUAGGAAAAGGUCGUGUUGCCUUGGAAAUGGCCAAUAAUGAAUUAGGUCUUGCUUUUGACUCUUGGGAUCUGGAUUAUUACACUGCUCUGUUUCAAAGGGUGAAGAGAAACCCGACCAGUGUCGAGUGCUUUGACCUGGCCCAGUCCAACAGUGAACACAGCCGUCACUGGUUCUUCCGUGGGCGCAUGGUCAUUGAUGGACAGGAGCAAAAGGACACCCUCUUCAACCUUAUCAUGGGCACCCAGCGCCAUAGCAACCAGAAUAACGUCAUCAAGUUCUCUGACAACAGCAGUGGCAUCAAGGGCGUGGAGCUGGAGUGUAUGUACCCCACUGAUCCAGCACAAGCCAGUCGCUAUGAGACCCGACACACCACCAGACAUGUCAUCUUUACCGCAGAGACACACAACUUCCCCACGGGCGUAGCCCCGUUCAGUGGAGCGACCACAGGCACGGGGGGGCGAAUCAGAGACGUGCAGAGUGCCGGCAAGGGAGGUCAUGUGAUUGCCGGGACUGCUGGGUAUUGCUUUGGUAACCUGCACAUCCCAGGUUAUGCCCUGCCAUGGGAGGAGGAGGGUUUGGAAUACCCAUCCAGUUUUGCCCCCCCGCUUCAGGUGGCUAUCGAGGCCAGUGAUGGAGCCUCUGACUACGGCAAUAAGUUUGGAGAGCCAGUCUUGGCAGGCUUUGCUCGUUCUUUUGGAAUGCGAUUGGCCAAUGGGGAGCGAAGGGAAUGGAUCAAACCAAUCAUGUUCAGCGGUGGGUUGGGCUCCAUUGAGGACCAGCAUGUGAAAAAAGAGCAGGCAGAGCCAGGGAUGGAGGUUGUGAAAAUAGGAGGACCUGUGUACAGGAUUGGUGUAGGGGGAGGUGCUGCUUCUUCUGUACAGGUGCAAGGCGAUAACUCCAGUGCCCGUGACCUGGGAGCCGUGCAGAGAGGAGACGCGGAGAUGGAGCAGAAGAUGAAUCGCGCUCUCAGAGCCUGUCUGGAGAGAGCAGCAGGAAACCCCAUCUGCAGCAUCCAUGACCAGGGCGCCGGCGGAAACGGAAACGUGCUGAAGGAACUGAGUGAACCAACUGGAGCAGUCAUCUACACCAGCAAGUUUAAGCGAGGUGACCCCACCCUGAGCGUGUUGGAGCUUUGGGGGGCUGAAUAUCAGGAAAGUAACGCUCUGUUGCUUCGUCCAUCUGACCGAGAAUUUCUGGAAAGGGUGUGUCAGAGGGAGAAGUGCCCCGUUGACUUUGUGGGCAGAAUAACUGGUAACGGCAAGAUAGUCCUAGUGGAUGACCUACGCGACCAUGGCGACGGGGUCAAUGGGGGUCGUAACCCUGUAGAUCUAGAGCUGGAUUGGGUGCUUGGGAAGAUGCCACAGAAGGACUUUGUGCUGGAACGUAUAAUGCCCUCACUACACACUCUCUCUCUUCCUACCGGUCUGUCUGUGCUUCCUGCCCUGGAGAGGGUCUUAAGACUGCCCGCCGUGGCCAGCAAACGCUACCUUACCAAUAAGGUGGAUCGCUCUGUGACAGGACUGGUUGCCCAGCAACAAUGCGUAGGACCCCUCCACACCCCGCUGGCUGACGUGGCAGUAGUGGCUUUGUCACCCUUCAGCCUUCAGGGUGCUGCCACAGCGAUAGGGGAACAGCCAAUCAAAGGCCUCGUUUCUCCGGCGGCCGGGGCUCGUAUGGCCGUGGGGGAGGCUCUCACUAACCUGGUGUUUGCCAGGGUCUCUGCCCUCAAGGAUGUGAAGUGCAGUGGGAAUUGGAUGUGGGCGGCCAAGCUGCCCGGGGAGGGGGCCAGCCUGUGGGAGGCCUGUCAGGCCAUGUGUGAGGUCAUGGCCCAGCUGGGUGUGGCCGUGGAUGGAGGAAAGGACUCUCUCAGUAUGGCUGCCCGUGUGAGGGGGGAAACAGUCAAAGCACCAGGUUCUCUGGUGAUCUCAGUUUACGCUGUAUGUCCUGAUAUCACAGCAACUGUGACCCCUGACCUCAAGGACCCUGACGGCCAAGGCGUAUUGCUGUAUGUACCUGUAAGCCCAGGUAAAUACAGACUGGGCGGUUCUGCUUUGGCUCAGUGUUACGGGCAGUUGGGAGACUGCAGUCCUGACCUGGAUCAUCCACACAAGCUCUCUGCCUGCUUCAACACCACUCAGGCUCUUCUACAGGAGCGACUUCUCAGUGCAGGGCAUGAUGUUAGCGAUGGAGGACUCAUCUCCUGUCUGCUGGAGAUGGCUUUUGCAGGGAACCGUGGGAUAGAGGUGGACUUACCUUUACAGGGAGGAGUGAUGGAGGUACUGUUCUCUGAAGAGCUGGGUUUAGUUCUGGAGGCAUCCGAGAGGCACGCCGGGCUUGUUUGUCAGAGAUACAUGGAUGCCGGUUUACCGUGCCACAGGAUUGGCACUACCUGUGGCUUUGGGCCAGAGUCUAUGGUCAAAGUGCGUGUUUGCGGAGAAGAAGUGCUGGGCGAACAUCUGCCUAUGCUCAGGGCAUUAUGGGAAAGCACUAGUUUCCAGCUGGAGCGCCUGCAGGCUAAUCCACUGUGUGUGCAACAGGAAGAGGAGGGGCUGGCCAAUCGCAUGCAGCCAUACUUCAAACUGACCUUUGACCCGGCACAAACACCAGUCUUGAAAGAUAUUGCAGUGGGGAAGCCCAGUGUUGCUGUGGUGAGAGAGGAGGGUAGUAAUGGAGACAGGGAAAUGUCGGUUGCUCUCUUUAUGGCUGGAUUUGAGGUGUGGGAUGUCACAAUGCAGGAUCUCUGCUUAGGUUCUGUAACCCUUGACCCGUUUAAAGCAGUGGUAUUUGUGGGUGGAUUCAGUUAUGCAGAUGUUUUAGGGUCAGCCAAAGGCUGGGCAGCCACAGUGACCUUUAACUCAAAGGCUCGUGAGGAGUUUGAGCGUUUUCGUCACCGUGCUGACACACUGAGUCUGGGUGUGUGUAAUGGUUGCCAGCUUAUGGCCCUGCUGGGCUGGGUGGCAGGAAGAGAGGAUGGAGGGACAGACGUGACUCUGACUCAUAAUGAGUCUGGACGCUUUGAGUCACGGUUUGUGAGUGUAGGGAUCCUGCCCUCCCCAGCCAUUAUGCUGAAGGGUAUGGAAGGCUCUGCUUUAGGUGUGUGGGUUGCCCAUGGUGAAGGUUUGAUGCAGUUCCGUUCUCCGGAGGCUCAGCGUAAACUAAUUGAUGCUUCGCUGGCACCCCUGCGCUAUGUGGAUGACUCUGGACGCCCUACUGAGCAGUACCCACUCAACCCCAACGGCUCUGCCCAGGGCGUGGCUGGCAUCUGCUCCGCUGAUGGGCGGCAUCUUGCCAUGAUGCCCCACCCAGAGCGCGCUGUGCUGGGCUGGCAGUGGGCCUGGGCCCCAGGUCCCCUGAAGGCUUCACUGGACCCCUCUCCAUGGCUCACCAUGUUCAAGAACGCUGUGGCCUGGUGUCAGAGCCCUUAAUAAGAAAGUUUACACCCUUUGGUACUUUAGAGACGACCAGUAGACUUGCUAAAACGGUUCUGGGAUAUUCUUAUAUAUAGUUGACAUGGUGCUGUAUUAUGUUGUCAGAAGCAUUACUUAGACAUUCAUCGCUAUAAUUCCCAUACAUUCCUGUGUGACUAUUUUUUUUUUUUCAUAUAUGUUUUAGGGUACUUGAAUGAAUUUCACUGUCUUACAAUGGUUAUGUCUAAUGUAACAUUCUUCUUUUGUAGACCUGAUUGCCUAAUUUGUGAGUGGGUAAUUCAUGGCAGUAUUAUAUGUUCCUGUCCUGCUGAAACGUUACCAAGCUACAGCUUGAUUUAUAAGCUGUUACUCCUGUGACGUUUAGUAUUCUUUAAAAACGUCACAUUGAAGUGUGAACACUAAUCAUAUCUGAGAUCUUACUAAUUGCAAAUACAUACUUAGUUCAGAAAACAUUAAAUAACCUGGGGACAUUUGGUUAAAUGUUUAUAUACAUUGUGCUAGUAAUGCUUCAGAGUGUGACAUU